AUGGCUGAUCAAAUCAAUCAAGCUAUUGAUAUUGUUAUCCCAUGGAUGGAAUAUGAAAAUGACGGCAAUGACGACGACGAUGAACACAUGGAGAAAAUUAUCAGUCUAUCUGACUGUAAAGGGAAUGGACGUCCUUUGUAUCAGAUUACACGAAAAAAAUACUUUGAAAUCAUUCGACAACAAUUACAAGCAAACAAUCGUAUUCUAUUCAUCGCCUACAAUACCUAUGCUUAUUAUUCAUGUGAAAAAAAUGAACUACAACAAAAAGUUCAUGAACAUAUGACACGUCCAGGUAUUUAUCGUUUGAUAAUGGAAUUAAAUGAUACAAAUCAACAUCAUAUUGAAGAAGUUUUAAACAAGAUGGAUAAUGAAAUAACAACAAAAUUAAAUCUUUUAUUUGAUGAUAAAUUAAUAUCGCAUGCGCAAUGGCAAAAGCUGAGCAUGUAUCGAUUGAAUACUCGACUAAAUACUCUGUAUUUUUUACCUGAUACACGCAGAGAUCAUGUGCCAUUUCAUCCAAUGAUAUACGAUCGUCAUCAUUUAACAAUGAACAUUACUCGUUUUCUUACUCGUCUUCUUCAACCUAUUUAUGACGAUGUAACUUUUUCGACAACAUGUAAUAGAGGUACUGAUGUCAUUCAUGUUGUCGAAGAAUAUGCCAGGAAAGGUCGUCUUCAAGCAAACACUUUAUUUGCAACUUUACGCAUCGAUAAUCUAUCGACUCUAAUUUCACACGAAAAAAUAUUAGAAAAGUUGCAACAUUUUCUUCAUACAUAUCUAUUCGAUGGAAAAAUGGAAGGCAUAACAGUGCCAACAAUCUUGGAUCUUCUACAACUUGUUCUUGAAAAUCAAUAUCUUCUCUAUGAAAAAAAAAUUUAUCAGCAAACUCAAGGAUGUGGUGAUAAUUCACCAUUGACAAUGUUAAUAGUGAACAUCUAUCUAUACUAUUGGCAACAAGAUUUAAUGACGAUCUUAAACAACAAAAAGGAAAUCUUUGCCAGAUGCUUUGAUGAACUAUUCUUCACAUGGAAUGAAUCAGAACAAAGCCUUCAUGAUAUACUUCAUACAAUGAAUCGACAAAAUCCUCAAAUUCAAAUUAUUUUGUCCAUGAGCAAUAAUAUCAACUAUCUCGAUGUUAACAUUAGUCAUAUGGAUGGUGAUCUCAAAACACAAGUGGCUCAUCAAUUGAACAUUGAUUCCUAUUCAUUACCUUAUGUAUUUGGUCAUCCACGCAAGAAAAUUCAUACAUUAUUUCGAGCAGCUCUUCUGCGUGCUACACGAUGUUAUGCUAAGGUAUCUGAUUUUGCUACUGAACUCCAAAGAAUUCAAUCAUCAUUUCAAUACAAUCGAUUCUCACAUGAUUUUAUCAUGUACAAAAUAAUAUCAUUCUUCGAAGAGUUUGAUGUAUUUCAAAUGAAGGUCCACUAUGGAGAGAAAUUUUAUGAUCAGCGUCUUUAUGAUCAUCUUCGACGAAAAGUAUUCAAAUACCAACGACAAGAGAAAGCGGAAAAAAUCAAACGACGUCGACAAAUUCUUAAACAUCGAUACCGACAUUCGUUAAACCAACCUAGAUAG